ACGUAUGUGACGUCAUGACGUGAUCACACAGUCCAGAGUCACAUGAAACAUUUCACAGAAGAUGUUUUAAUGAACCCAUUUCUGGCUCUUUUGGAGGAAAACACUAGCUGUUUUAACUGAAACAGCUUUUUAAUUUACAGGAAGGUUUAGACUCCGACAUGGACGAGGACGGGCUGCCGAUCGUCGGGUCUGGAGUUGAUCUCACAAAGGUCCCUGCCAUUCAACAGAGAAGAAUUGUCGCCUAUCUCAACCAGUUUGUUGUGCACACAGUCAGAUUCCUUAACCGCUUUUCCACAGUUUGUGAAGAGAAACUGUCAAACAUUUCACUCCGCAUACAACAAAUCGAAACAACCCUGUGUAUUUUGGAAGCCAAGUUGUCCUCCAUUCCUGGGCUGGAGGAUGUAACAAUAGAUGGACCCAGUCAACAGCAGCAGCAGCAGCAGCAGCAGCAGCAGCCUGCUCAGGCUAAUGGACCCACCACCUCCAUUCAGAGCCAAGCGAAUGUUCCAGCAGCAGCAACAGCAGCAGCAGCAGCCCUGCCUCCCCCGCAGCCUGUUCAGACCACACCAGAACCAACGAUAACAGAAACAAUAGAGGAGAGUGCCGCCACAGAGAACGUGAUGACAGUGGCUAAGGACCCACGAUAUGCCCGAUACCUGAAGAUGGUUCAAGUGGGAGUUCCAGUUAUGGCUAUAAGGAAUAAAAUGGUUUUGGAGGGACUGGAUCCAAACCUGCUGGACACACCCGAUGCCCCGAUGCCCGACGGAGCAGCAGGAGGCACUGAAGAUCAAGAGGUUGCAGCCACCAGCUCAGACAGCGAAUCAUCUUUCAGCGAUUGACCUGUCUCCUUCACCUCAAAAGAGCUCCCUGUAAAGACCAUGCGACUCUGUGUACACCCGAACUCAGAAAAGUAUGUAGCUGUGCCUGUAAAAAAAACUGAGGAGGUGCAAAUGCAAGUGCCUGAAGCGAAGGAUUCAAACCAGUGUGAUUGUCCAAGCUGAAAUAGUGAAGCUUCUUGUCCAUCAGUGACUUCCAUUUUGAUACAUUUUGCAGUUUUAAAAAUCAAUGUUUCGAAAAAAAUAUCUUGAUUAUGACAGCAGUCGUCCUUGGCAGUAGCAAGUGAUUUUUUUUUACUAAAAUAAAUACAAGUGAUUAAAAACUGUCGACACUACCGCUGAUUUUCUGGUACAUGAUUGAUAUGAAAUAAAAACAUGUUUGUUGGAUUUUUUGAAUGUUGAACUCAUAAAUUGUAAUUGUGUGUAAAAGACAGCGUCAAAAUAUUUGUAUGUCACAAUAGAAGUGUCAUCACCUCUUCCAGCAUGUGACUUUCCAUCUCAAACAUCAGCUGUUGAUCUCAUGAGUGUUUUAUAAAUUAUUGGUCCAGAAAACUUUG